GAUUAGUCGUGUCAAAGGCUGUAUGUAGCACUUCUCAACUGUCACGAUACAGAAUGUCAUUGAAGAUUCAACUGGAUUAAGAUUUAUUUUACUUAUUGUUAUACGCCAUAUAAGCCUAUGUUUUUGUAUUUUGUAGACUGACGUAUGUACAAGAUAAACGAAAAACUAAUGUUUCCGUCAGUGUUACAUUAACUGUAAGGAUGUAACUGAAAGAACUGCGUACACAAAAAAGACAUGGACACAGCUGAAAAGUAUCUUUUCAUUUCUUAAAGAGAACAAAGGUUAAAUGAAGCCAGAGACACCAAGACCUCGCAUAGCGGACAAUGGCAGACAAAUCCAGAUUAUUUUUUCUCAGAUCAGCCCAGCAGGUGUUGAGAUGUGUGUACAGCAGGAGAUCAGUAGCUUCUGUCAAUCAAAUUUACUCCACAAAACCUCCUCUACCUACAAACUCGUUAGCAUGGGCUUAUAAGAUCUCCAGAACCUGCUCUACUUACACUUCAGGUCAAAGCAGUUUUUCACAGAGAAGCCACACAUGUGGAGAACUGUGCUCCAGUCAUGUAGACAAAGAAGUUACUUUAUGUGGCUGGAUUCAGUACUUGAGGCAAGAUCUUUUUGUGAUCUUGAGAGACUUCAGUGGAUUGGUGCAAAUACUUAUCCCACAGGAUGAGUCCAAAUCUGAACUCAAGAAUGCUUUUCUUGGCCUCACGGUGGAGUCGGUCAUCAUGGUCAAAGGACGGGUCAGACGUAGACCAGAGGGACAGGAGAAUAAGAAAAUGUCCACAGGAGAAAUUGAGGUCUGUGCUGAUUGCAUGAAAGUGCUGAAUACCUGCCGAAAGCUGCCGUUUGAGAUUAAAGAAUUUGUCAAAAAAUCAGAAUCCCUCCGGAUGCAGUAUCGUUAUCUUGAUCUUCGGUCACCCGGGAUGCAGUACAAUUUACGACUGCGAUCACAAAUGGUGAUGAAAAUGAGGGAGUACCUUUGCAAUUUGCAUGGAUUUGUGGAUGUGGAAACACCAACGUUGUUUAAAAGAACACCUGGGGGUGCCAAAGAAUUUGUGGUGCCAUCUGGAGACCCUGGGAAGUUCUAUUCUCUUCCACAGAGCCCACAGCAGUUCAAACAGCUUCUUAUGGUGGCUGGCAUAGACCGGUACUUUCAGCUCGCUCGCUGCUACAGAGAUGAGGGCUCCAAGCCUGACAGACAGCCUGAAUUCACACAGGUGGAUAUUGAGAUAUCCUUUGUAGACCAGGCUGGAGUCAUGAGUUUGAUUGAAGGCUUGGUUCAGUACUCCUGGCCAGAGGACAAAGGACAGAUUAAUGUUCCCUUUCCCUCCAUGACUUAUGAGGAAGCCAUGAGAGACUACGGAGUUGACAAACCAGACACUAGAUUUGGGAUGAAGCUUGUGGAUGUCACCACAGCAUUCCAGGGAACGCAAAUUGAGUUCAUCAAAGAUGUACUUCUUGAACCAAGUGGCUGCAUUCAGGCUAUCUGCGUCCCAGAAGGAAUGAAACACCUGAAGGGCAAAGACUUAGAGUUCCUGAAACAAGCAGCCAAGACACAGUAUGGUCAGGAGGUGAGCGUGGCUCCAGUAAGGGCAGAUGGUUCACUGAAAUCCCCUCUCAGCCGACUGCUCUCGGACACGGCCAAACAGCAGCUGCUCCAGAUGGCCCAGGCCAAUGCUGGAGACCUGAUCUUCAUCACGGCCGGACCCCAGGAGAAAGUGCGCCCUCUGCUGGGGAAGCUGAGACUGCAGUGUGCGGAGCUGCUUGAGCGUUACGGCGUGCCUGUUCGUGACCCCUCUGUCUUUCACUUCUUGUGGGUACUGGACUUUCCCCUUUUCUUACCCAAAGAGGACGAUCCAGAGAUGCUUGAGUCUGCCCACCAUCCCUUCACGGCUCCAGUCCCCGAGGACGCCCAUCUGCUGUACACCCAACCCAACAAGGUGCGUGGCCAGCAUUACGACUUGGUGCUGAAUGGCUGUGAGAUCGGAGGAGGUUCAAUUCGAAUCCACAAUGCCUCUCAGCAGCUGUUUGUCCUGGACAAGAUUCUCAAGGAAGACCCAUCGCUUCUUUCUCAUCUAUUGGAGGCUUUGGACUCCGGGGCCCCUCCUCAUGGUGGAAUCGCAUUAGGGCUGGAUCGACUGGUGUCCAUCAUUGUAGGAGCUCCCAGUAUCAGAGAUGUCAUAGCUUUUCCAAAAUCCUUCAGAGGUCACGACCUCAUGAGUCACGCUCCAGACUUCGUCUCUGAAGAAGACCUGAAGCCGUACCAUAUUUCUGUGGUCUGGCCCAGCGCAGAUACAGAGGGUCAACAGAACUCAAUGUAAGCACUAAAAUGGUUAAUAUGUGUAUGUUUCACCAUCUGUGCCCACGCUGGUGAUGGACCUAAGAGCAGGAUCACUCCCUGUCCUGAGAGAAUUGAGCACCAUCUUCAGUGUGAAGGUGACGUCUGUGUCCUUCACAUCAGGAAACUCUUCUCGUCUGCUGCUUGAAUAGAUCAGUCAUGUGAUUUCUCAUCAUAUACAUACUCUGUAAUUAGUGCUUUCAACUGUACAUUUUUUGUAAUGAAAUUUGUUUCAGUGAAAUCCAGAGAGAACAUGGAUGAAUAUUUCAGUAGGGGGCAGUGUUGUUCCAUUCCGUCAUUUUACAUUGCUCCCCCCCCCCCUCUCCACAUGCCCUGUGGUGAAGUCAGCAUGCAUCAUAUCCUACAUUUUUCUUCCCACCACCAGACAUACCAAAUAAAGCUACAUUUCAGUUUUUCUCAGCGAUGCCUUAUCUGCAAAAGCAGAUGCUCAUUUUUCAUGCCCAGGUACAGCUACUCAUUACAGCCAGUGUUGUUUUAAAACAGACCUGUGCGCUGGCCACCAAGCUGUGAACAAAGUUCUUUGUGUAUGACAUGCUGUUUUUGCUGCUCUUCCAAUGACUUUUUCUUAAGUACCCACUCAUCACCUAUUUACAUGACCAUGUUUACUUGAAGUACCUGCCCAUGUUCGGUACAUUUCUAUUAGUGCUUUAGAGACAAUUUCAACUUGGUUGUUUUAAACAGGCACAAUAUUUAAGAUUUUCAGAUUAUAAUAUCCAAAAACCACUAGAACAAUCUUAUAUAUUUUGUUGACUUGUGUACUUAUAUUAUCCCAAAUGUUACCAAAAAUGUUUAAAUCAAGAGAAAUAAGCAAUUUUAACCAGGACACGGACCGUGUCCGUGCAUCACCUAUAAAUGAUCCUCGAUUUCUGUGUCUUUGGUGGAAACACCAAAGACACUUUAAUAUAUUGUGUUUUAUUAGACAGGUGAGCAACUGUUUGGAUACAUUUGUUGACAGAAAAUUAAUCAUGUUAUAUAGCUCAAUACAUUAAGUCUUAUUGUUUAAAUCUUGUUUUCUUGAUUUACCAUUGAGUACCAUGUUUUACCAUGUCUAAUAUCGAUCUAGCUUACUGCAGUGUGCAACGAGCGUCUCAUAGUAGCUGCCGAUCGAAUGCACAGAGUAGCACUAUAACAACUUUCAACACACAAAUGUAUGUAAUAUGAUAAAACAGAGCUGCUUUGGCCCACAUACAAAUGACUGGAAGAUAUGACGUCUGCAGCAUAAUAAAAGCUCCACUGCUCUCCAGCUGUGUUUCAGCCACACCCUGCUUCAUACAGUAAUAAAUCUUUAAUACAUUA